CAAAGGAAGAAACAAACCACAGAGAGAAGGAAAGGAAAAGGCGAAAGAUUUACACACAAACAAGAAAAAUCUAAGGAUCAGCUUUUCCCAUCAGAUCAAUCGACCGAAAAAAAUUCUCGAUUUUGUUUUCCUUGAGAAGCUCUUUGAUCGAAGAAGAGGAUCGUCAAAUGCGCGAUUUCUGUUUCUGGUCUCCUUCAGUACAGUUCAAGGAAGAUCGGUGCUUUGAUGGGAUGGGACCCCAUAUCAAUGAGGAUUAUGGUGAUAUCAAAUACUAGUGCGUGUCAUCUUCAAAACGAAUAUCAUGGCGUCUGGUGGGCUCGGAAAUGGAGUAGGCAGUUCAAGAUCUUCCAAAGCUUUGAAGAGUUCUUCAAGUUCUGUCGAUUGGUUAACGAGAGAUUUACUUGAGAUGAGGAUAAGGGACACAGCAGAGGCUGACGAGGAGCGGGAUAGUGAACCAGAUAUCAUUGAUGGUGUUGGCGCUGAAACUGGUCAUGUGAUCAGAACCACUGUUCGGGGACGAAAUGGUCAAUCAAGACAGACGGUGAGUUACAUAGCAGAACACGUAGUUGGGACUGGUUCCUUUGGCAUGGUUUUCCAAGCCAAAUGUAGGGAAACUGGGGAGGUUGUCGCCAUCAAGAAGGUUCUACAAGACAAACGCUACAAGAACAGGGAGCUACAAAUUAUGCAGAUGCUUGAUCAUCCCAAUGUCGUUGCUUUAAAACAUAGCUUCUUUUCAAGAACAGACAAUGAAGAGGUUUACCUGAAUCUUGUUCUGGAAUAUGUGCCCGAGACUGUCAAUCGUAUUGCGAGAAGCUACAGUCGGAUGAACCAGCUGAUGCCUUUGAUAUAUGUAAAACUCUACACCUACCAGAUUUGCAGGGCGCUUGCAUACCUUCAUAAUUGCUUUGGUCUUUGUCACCGUGACAUUAAGCCUCAAAAUUUGCUAGUGAAUCCUCACACACAUCAGCUAAAACUCUGUGAUUUUGGGAGUGCAAAAGUUUUGGUGAAAGGAGAACCCAAUGUUUCCUAUAUCUGUUCAAGAUACUAUCGUGCUCCAGAACUCAUUUUUGGCGCCACUGAGUACACAACUGCAAUAGACAUAUGGUCUACAGGUUGUGUGAUGGCUGAAUUGCUUCUUGGACAGCCUCUAUUUCCUGGUGAAAGCGGAGUUGAUCAGCUUGUUGAAAUCAUUAAGGUUUUAGGAACACCAACAAGAGAGGAGAUCAAGUGCAUGAAUCCAAACUAUACCGAAUUUAAAUUUCCUCAGAUAAAGCCUCAUCCAUGGCACAAGGUGUUCCAAAAACGAUUGCCACCAGAAGCGGUAGACCUUGUUUGUAGGUUCUUCCAAUAUUCGCCAAAUUUAAGAUGCACCGCUCUGGAAGCUUGUAUCCACCCGUUUUUCGAUGAGCUAAGGGACCCAAAUACCCGACUGCCUAAUGGCAGGCCACUUCCUCCGCUCCUCAACUUCAAGCCCCAAGAACUCACCGGAGUCCCUCAUGAAAUAGUGAACCGACUCAUCCCCGACCACGCCCGUAAGCAGAACCUCUUCAUGGCUUUGAACUCUUAAGAACCUCUAUGCGGUUUGUUAUGUUAUGAGUAAUUAUGUUGUGAACUUCUUCUUCCACACACACUCUCUGUUUCCUGUUUCCUUCGUAUGCAUUUGGCUUUGUUCUUGUUCUUGUUCUUGUUCCUGUUGAGAGUGCUCUUUGUAUUUUUUUCCUCGUAUAUUUCUUACGAAGAAAAUGAAAGAGAAGACAUAUUGUUAUAUUAUAGCUUAA